GUUCAACAAUUCGCAUGCCCACGUGAUCACGUGCCCUGUAUAGGGAGGUACGAGGAUUGCUGGUGGUUAUGCGCUCGGGUAGUUGGACGGGCUGAAUCGUGGAAAGCUAAAACCCGGUGGCUAUGGGAGAAUAUACCCUGUCCGACCUCAACGGUACCGCUUCAAUGCCUGGGGAGAAGCGCAGCGGCGGAGUUCACAUUAGCCAUGGAGCGGCGUUCGUCCUGGUCCUUCUUGCUGUCUGUUUGGCCGUGUUGGUGGGGCUUGUUGUGCACCUGGCUUCCCCAGGUCAGGUUGUCUGCAAGUGUGAAACAGUAGCGACGCCUCCACUCGGUCCAGAGGAGCUCCGGGGACGCUGUGUGGAGCUAGCGGGAAACGGUGAUCUUAAAGUCUGUGGCGCAUGCUCAGAGAAAACAACGGCAGCAACAGCCACGACAACAGUAACGAUCCCCACAUCACCAACCACAACAAUUACAACACCAGCCCCCGUCAUCAACUACCGCCUCCCUACAGCUGUCAAACCUUUCCACUACGUACUUGAACUCCAACCCGAGAUAUACGGCGACAACUCGUCUCUGUUCACCUUUAGCGGGACAGUUUCUAUCGUCAUCAACGUAACGCAAGCAACGUCUAACGUGACCUUGCACAAGAAAGAUCUCAUGAUUAAUAAUGACUCUUUAUCCCUGCGACCUCUUGACAACCUGAGCGACAGGGGUCCGUCUAUUGUCAGCACAAGUUAUGACGAGGUCCGGGAAUUUUACGUCCUUCACCUUGAUAAUGACCUUCAACCCGGAAGAUCAUAUGCAGUCGGGAUGAGUUUUGACGCCAAAAUGAGAACCGACGGGGAGGGCCUGUAUCUCAGUUCCUACAAGGCGGAUUCGAAUGAAACCAUAUACUUAGUAUCUACUCAGUUCGAGGCACCUCAUGCGAGGAAAGCGUUCCCGUGCUUUGAUGAACCGGCUCUGAAGGCGACAUUUGACAUUACCCUGGUCAGGAAGACGACCACUGGACGUAACUACCGGUCACUGGCUAAUACAGAAGUCUUGUCCAAUGAGACCAGGGGCAACUAUACAGCUGAUAGCUUUGCAACGACGCCGGUAAUGUCCACAUACCUCCUCGCCUUCAUCAUUUGUGACUACGACCAACUGGAAAACACAACCUCAAAUAUAACGUACCGGACGCUGGCACGUCCUAAUGCUAUGAUGAAUGACGCCGACAACAUCGCCAUCCCCGACUUCGUGUCCGGCGCCAUGGAGAACUGGGGCCUCAUCACCUACAGGGAACUCCUUCUUUACGAAGAGGGUGUGUCUACAGCGUCUCAAGACAGCUGGGUUGCCGAAGUGAUCUCGCACGAGUUAGCUCACCAGUGGUUCGGCAACAUUGUGUCUCCCAAGUGGUGGUGGUGGCUCUGGCUAAACGAGUCCUUCGCCUCCUUCUUGGAGUUCUUUGCGGUCGGCACAAUCUAUCCUGCCAGGAGGUCGACGGAGCAGUUCAUAGUGCAGUCGAUGCAUGCUGCGAUGUCCGUAGACGGUGUGCAGACGUCGCACCCGAUGACGAACGACGUCGAGAGUAACGCUGAAGUGGAGGGCUCUUUUGACAUAAUUACAUACACCAAGGGGGCUUGCGUAGUUCGAAUGAUGCACUUCACCAUGGGACACGACCUUUUCAUCAGAGGACUCAAUCUGUAUUUGAAGAGACAUCAGUACGGCGUUGCAGAGCACAAGGACCUAUUCAACGCUCUGACAGAGCAAUCUGAAGCUGAAGGCACCCCUAUCAACAUGACCGAGAUCUUUGAACCCUGGGUCACUCAGAUGAACUAUCCUCUGGUCACUGUGAAGGUCACAGGUCCUGGAACCAUCAACGUCCGCCAGGAACGUUUCCUCAACAACAUGAGCUCCAACACUACCGGGGACACCGCACCGUUUGGUUACAAAUGGACAAUUCCUAUCACAAUCGCCUCCAGCAGUAACAACAGCAACCUCAACAAGGUGUACAGCUACAACGACAUUGAAUGGUUGGCUACGACAGAAGAAGAGAAAGACAUCGGCGACCCAAUUAUCCCCGACCCUUCACAGGAGAACUCGUGGGUUGUCGUGAAUGGACAGCAAUCCGGUUACUACAGGGUCAACUACGAGGAGAGAAACUGGAUGGCCCUCGUUAAACAGCUGGAGACGGACCACACGGUGUUUCCACCAGCGACCCGCGGACAGAUCAUAAACGAUGCAUGGUCACUUCAGGACGCCGGCGUCGUGAAGAUUGGGAUUGCCCUUCGUACUCUGAAUUUCCUCAAGAACGACGUCGACUACGUACCUUGGCGUGCGUUUGCACGGCAUGACACUCACCUCACCUCUAUGUUGGAACGUACUCAAUACUAUGGUGCCUUCAAGGAAUUCAUGAAGGUCAGCGCUAACAAGACCUACAACCACUACAGGAUGAACAUACAAGCUGAUACUCUUCCAAUACACAUAUACCAGAUAUCUCGUGGUUCCAAUUAUGCCUGCAAAUAUGGAGUCCAGGAAUGUGCGGACGAUGCUCUGAGGCUGUACCGGGAGAUGAUGACGGACCCGGUCAAUAACAGGAUGAACCCCAACCUCAUCAGUGUUAUCGCCUGUAAUGCUAUAAGAUACGGGGGAAUGACAGAAUGGAACUAUGCUUACAACCAAUACUGGAACACGGAGCCAUCAACAGUCAGCAGCAGAAACUUCUUAAGCGCUUUAUCCUGCACAACACAGCGAUGGCUUUUACAAAGGUUGCUGGACAUGACAUUGGACAAUAGUACUGUUCGCUCUUCUGAUGCGCUUGCCAAUUUGUACAACGUUGCCGGAAAUGCAGCAGACAAAGACAUAACAUGGAACUUCAUCAAGAACAACUUCUUCACACUACAUAACAAAUUCAGUCAAGCCCAACUAUCUGGGCUGAUAGGAUAUAUGACAUCCGGUUAUAACACGGGGUACCUUUUGAGCGAGCUGCAGUCGUUGGCCAACACCACCAUGGCAGAAGGGUAUCAGACCACAUUUCAACAAUCCAUUAAGACGACACGAAAUAAUUUGGAUUGGCUGGAGAAAAACGGUGACGACAUCAAAGAUUGGCUCACCGAACUGGGUUUCGCAGACUACCUGCCGUAAUUGACCACUUAGGUGCAAGGUUUCGCUGCCGUUAGUGAUCGCAGUGCUACGCACAUCGUAACCCCUAUACUUUAGCACAGGCUUACGACAGUCGUAGCGCUACGCACAUCGUAACCCCUAUACUUUAGCACAGGCUUACGACAGUCGUAGCGCUACGAACAUCGUCACCCCUAUACUUUAGCACAGGUUUACGACAGUCGUAGCGCUACGAACAUCGUCCUCCUUAUACUUUAGCACAGGCUUACGACAGUCGUAGCCCUAUGAACAUCGUCACCCCUGUACUUUAGCACAAGCUUACGACAGUCGUAGCGCUAAGAACGUCGUAACCCCUAUACUUUAGCACAUGAAUUAGAGACAUCAGUCUACGACCUUUAAGAAGGACUUGACUUCCGUCCCAGUUGUCAGGGACGUGAUGGCAGCGGUUGAUGUGGUCGACCUGUGGAUAAAAAUGGUAUCGGAUCAGUGAUGUUGAUUCCAGAGUAGGAAUCAGUUCCUACAGUUCUGAAAUGUGAAAUCAGUAAAUGACCACACACGAUCACAUCCAGUUUUUGUUUUCCUAAAUACUGAACAAGUCACCGGCUUAUUGUAAAUACUCCACAGCUAGAGUAAUAUGUAACUUUUUAGUUAAUCCGAUAAAAUGCAUCUUCUGUAAUUGCUUUCAUAAAUAUGCAAAAUACAUAUGAUGAUAUUUUCGGAAGGCCUUAGAAAUCGACUCUUUCUUUAGCUUGAGGGAGUGUAGUGAGAUUCGAAAUAUUUCCAGCCAGAUCUUCAAAACCAAAUGCUUCUUAGAAUUGGAACCAAAAACCCCAAUAUUUAUAUCUUCCGUAAAACACCUUGCAACUAUGAAUUGUUUUGUGGCAUAAUUUCAAUUCUAAAUAGAAAAACCUUGACAAACAUUGAUAACUGGCACAUGUAAGGCAACCAAUAAUCAUUUACCUGGCAGUCUCUCUUCUACUUCCUUCAGCUUAACCAUUUUUUACCUCCACAGUCUGUCAUUGAGGACAGUGAACUACUUGAUAAUGAGAA